AUGAAACACAUUAGGAAGAGUGAAGACGGGGACAUAAUCGACUGUGUGGAGAUCUACAAGCAACCGUCUCUUAACCAUCCCGCUUUAAAGAAUCAUACCAUCCAGCUAGCACCUACAUUCUUUUCGAAAACGAGAAAAGUGUUUGACGAUGCGAAAAAGGAAGACAUCGCAAUGACGAUAACGUCACAACGAUGGCAAAAAAGCGGAAGUUGUCCGAAAGGAACAGUCCCAAUCCGAAGAACCCAAAAACGCAAUCCAAACAAAGACGACUUUCACGCGUACGGGAGAAAGACAGCUAGUAAUAUGAAGAACGAAGUCGGGGAUUUGAAGUACACGACAAACUCCACGAACUCCAUCGCGAACCAUUCGGUGGCGCUGAUAGAGACAGUGGGAUACAGUUACUCGGGGGCCAAAGUCGACAUCAAAGUGUGGACUCCUUACGUUGAGAAGGAAGACGAAUACAGUACCUCCCAUGUCGCUAUACAAAAUGGCGGUCUUCAUGAUUUCGAACUCGUAGAAACGGGAUGGGCUGCUGAUGGAUCGAAGAGGACGGGGUGCUUUGACCUGACUUGUCCAGGGUUCGUUCAAGUGAACCAUGAGAUCGCUCUUGGUGGGGCCAUUUAUCCCAUCUCUAACCCUAACGGGCUUCCGUACCAAAUCACGGUUUACAUUUUUAAGGAUCCAACGACAAAGAAUUGGUGGGUGAAUUAUGGUGAGUCAAUCAACAUAGGGUAUUGGCCCGGUGAGCUCUUCAUGUUGUUGAAGUACCAAGGGAUCAUGGUCAAGUGGGGUGGUGAGGUCUAUAGCUCGAAGGUCAAGACUCAUCCCGGCCACACCGCCACAGGCAUGGGAAGCGGCAAUACGCCGCCGUCCAUUUUCGAGAACUGUGGGACCAUGAAACGCAUGCGAGUUGAACAGAAUUCACAGCCUUUGAUGAUCCCUGAAUGGUCCACCACCGUUGUUGAUGAGUAUCGUUGCUACGGAGCUUUAUACGAGGUUGAUUACAUUCCUGAUCCUAUAUUUUAUUACGGUGGGCCCGGUAGAAGCCCGUGGUGCCCGUAG